GGCCCCGCCUACCGGUCCAGGCCCCGCCUUCUUUGGAUGAUCCUUUUGUGCUCUGCUGCCAGCUUUGCCUGAAAGGCUCCGCCCACCGCUCCAGGCCCUGCCCUCUCCCUAAGCCCCGCCCUCUCUUGGGCUUUUGUGCUCCGCUGGACCAGGAGCCGCGGCGGCGGUGCCAUGGAGGAGGCGGAGGCGGGUCUCCUGCGGGAGUCGCUGCGCUGCCCGCUGUGCCGGGACCUCUUCCGCGACCCGGUGCUGCUCUCGGGCUGCGGGCACAGCCUGUGCCGGGCCUGCGUGGCCCAGUGCUGGGCUCCCUUCGCCAGGCGCCUGCGCUGCCCGCACUGCCGGGAGCCCCUCCCGCUCCAAGGGCUGCUCCAGCCCAACCCGCUCCUGGGCAGCCUCGCCCAGCGCCUCCGGGGGAUGCGAGCAGGAGGACCCGCCCCCACCAUGGCCCCCAAGAGCGCAGCAGCAGCGGCCACGGGGGUCUUUGGGGGAAAGUCUGGAGAAUUUCUGGAAAAUCAGGCUCUUUUGGGAAAAGAGAGAGAAACCCAAAUUAGUAAAGGGAAGCAAAGAGAGGAACUGCUGAAACAGAUGGAGAUGGAAGAGCAGCAUGUUAUCUGGGAAUGGAAGGAACUGCGAGGGUUCUUGGAAGAGUGGGAAAAGCACUGGCUGAAUCAUUUGGAAGAGCUCAAGAGAGACGUUGUCCAUGGCGGCUACGAGCAAGACUCCAAAGUGGCCAGUGAAGAUUCACUGCUACAGGAACUUCUGGGCAAGCAAGAAAGAGACACAUCACUGACACAGUCUUUGCAGGGUGUUGAAAGCACCGAGAACAGCAUGGAGGAUGGAGUGUUAAAGGUAGACUCCGCUGUAGCAGAGCUCAAACAGAGGCUCCACAGGUUCUCCUGGAAGCGAGCCCUCCUACAGGAAACAUUGCUGCAAUUUAAAGAACAACUCCAGUUGGAAAUGAAUGGCGAUACAGCUCCAGGUUACAGGAUAGAAUCCUCAUUUCAGUCUAAAGUGACCAGUCAUCCCCAAGAAGACAGAGAAGAAACAUCUGCAAAAGAGAUCCAGAAAAAUGCUUCUGAAAAACUUCUGACUGAUGAAAAAAUAAUCAAAGAGGAACUGACACCCUUCAAGGGACAUUCAGAAGAGCCGUGGUUGGGAUUGCCACACAUUACAGCUGCCCUCCCUAAGAAGAUCAAGGAAGAAGAGGAGGAAACUGGCAUCUCUGCCGAACACAUUACACUGUUACAUGGAAUUAAAGAAGAAGAUCCUCGCCAAAGUGGUCCUGAGAUGGUGGAGCGGACGGCCAUAAGAUUGCAAAGAUCAGAAGGCAAUGUAUCCCAGAGUAACCAGCAGACUGAUGGAGAUGGCCUCCGUGGAAAUAGUGUGGCAAAGAUAAGUGGUCAGUCUGCUUGUACCAGAAGAAACUAUGGAGAAGCAGCUGCUCGGAAACGGAAAGACAAAUGUUACCCCUGUCCUGAAUGUGGGAAGAUCUUCCGUCAGUUUGGGGUCUUGAUCACACACCACCGGCUCCACACAGGAGAGAAGCCCUACAGUUGCGCUUACUGCGCAAAAGGAUUCAGUGAUUAUUCCAAUCUGAUUGCGCACCAAAGAACCCACACUGGGGAAAAGCCCUACCGGUGCGCUGACUGUGGGAAGAGCUUCACGCGUAGCACAACCCUCACCAUUCACCAGAGAGGCCACACGCGGGAGAAGCCCUACCCUUGUCUCCAGUGUGGGAAACGCUUCAGCCGGGCCUCGAACCUCACCAUCCACCAGAGAACUCAUGCAGGGGAAAGAAACAUGCCAUAUUGUGAUCCAGAAUAAAAUAAAAUGGGGGGGGGAUUAAACACACAGCUCGGACCUUACAGUGUGGGAAAUGCACACAGCUUUGCUGAUACAAGGCCCCUUUCCCAAUGGAGCAAUCAAUUCAAGCUGCAGGAAAAGAAAUUUUACCUAAACAUUAGGAGAGGCUUCCUAAGAGUAAGAGAUGUUCAAAGGUGGAGUAUGCUUCCUGGGAGUGGGAGUGGCAGAUGCUGGAUGGCUAUCUGUUGGGAGCGGUUUGAUUGUGUGUUCCUGCAUGACAGGAUGGGGUUGGAUUAGAUAGCCCUUGAGGUCUCUUCUGACUAUGUUUCUGUGACUUACAAUCUGCAGGGAGGAUUCUGGAAGUCAAAGUUCGACUUUUCUGUGUUCUCACUCAACCUAUGCAAGGAGGGAAAAUGUGCCCAAUGGUGGGAAGGCUAAGAUAUAGCAUUUUCUUUAUCUUAAAUUAUGUUAAAUGUUGCAAUCUGCCUGAAUCAUACUGGAACAGCAUAUUAAGAGAAGAAUCAUUGUGCAAGUAGUUGCACUUGGUUUGUGUAAGUGCAGCUGAUUAUUGUGCAGACACACACAUAGCUACCUCCCUUGCUUUUGACUUGGUGGAUACGGAACGGGUUGGCUAUUUCACAAGGGAUGUGCUUUAGCCUGUGGUGCCCACUGUGCAACUGGCUGAGGAACUGUAGAAUCCAUCAGAAGGAUGCUGGCAUACAUUUAUGUUUUGCUAAAAGUGUAUGGGAGAUCCAGUGUGGUGUAGCGAUCAAUGGUUUGAUUAUGACUCCAGAGACCACAGUUAAAUUCCCCAUUCAGCCAUGGAAACCACCUGAGGACCCUUCCAGACAGGCCCUAUAUCCCAGGAUCUGAUCCCAGAUUUUCAAUUUUUCCCAGAUUAUCUGGCAAUACGGACUCAUAUAAUCCACUCAUAUAUCCCAGGAUCAGAUCCUGGGAUAUAGGGCCUGUCUGGAAGGGCCCUGAGUGACCAUAGGCAAGUCACAUUCUCAUCCCCAGAAAAUCUUGUGAUAGGGUUGCUAGAAGUCAGAAAUGACCUCAAAACAUACAACAGCCAAAAUGUAUGAGGAUCUCAAGCUGGGUAUGCAGUUGCUGGUCAGGGGUUUAAGAAGCCAGGACUAACUGGAUCCCCUCCAUGAAGGCACAUUCCUCUUUAUCCUGGAAAUAUGUGAAUAAAUGAGAUUUUACACAACUGUUCUAUAAUGAUGUUUCUUCCUACCUCUUUCAUCCCAAACCCCAAAUAAAAGAGGCUGAACUGAA